CCGAGAGAGCGCUGCUAGCAGAGGCACCGGCGAGAGGCGACUUGAAAUUUGCACCCCUCGGCAUCCAGCUUUUGCACCUGUUUCGACCUCGUUUUGAUGAUGGUGGCCUCCCUGAAGUCCUGGCCUCUCAUGAUCGCUGUGACUCUGUGCAUCUUGUUCUGCCUGGGAACCUUGGUAGAGGCCUACCCUCAACAGCCGGAGCACCCUGGAGAAGAUGCCUCCGCUGAAGAAAUGGCCAGAUACCUGUCAGCGCUCCGACACUACCUUAACCUGGUGACAAGGCCAAGGUUUGGCAAGAGGUCCAGCCCAGAGACCUUGAUGUCUGAGCUUAUUUUUGGAGACAGCAGCAGCAACAGUGGAGCGAGCCAUGAUGACCGGUCAAGGUUCGAUGACUCCAACAUGUGGUAACGAUCUCGAUGCUUCUCAGCCAGUGGUCCAUCUGCUGCUUCUUUUUAAACAGGCAAAUCAUUGUGUUCAUUUUGCAUUUCUCAAAACCAAUUAAGCUGUGAUGAUUUAAAGAGUCCAUUCCCCACCUCAACUUUCUCCAUCCAAUACUGAAGUGGCUUGGGAAAUAAACUCUCACUGCACCCCCCUUUUCAAGACAACAACAUUGCAAUGAGCCAGGCCUCUUUCUUCCUACAAGCCAACAGGGGGUGCCAGAAGAGUGCUUUGUGGCUGGGGGCAACCUUUGCAGCAGCCAAGGUUGUAAGACGCACCCCCCCCCCAGUGCAAGCCCUCAUUAUGUCUACUCUGGGUUGUCCUGUACAUCAUGUGUGCAGGUGUGAAUAGGUGUAUGUGUGUGCAGAUGUAUGUAUUUGAAAUUAUUUCUGUUUGUCUCAAGAAUAAAAAGCAAGUUUGAUGGAGAA